CCCCUUUGUCACCCUCCCCCUAAACCUCCCCCUCGUCCCAAUUCCUCAUCCCUACUUGGCUCCCGGCAGCCCGCCGGGGGCUUCUUGCACUCCUGCUGCUGGGAGCUCCAAGCAGGGCCAUGCCGUGGCUUCUGAGCAAGGAGCGGCGGCAGUCGCCCUCCAGCAGCAGCAGUGGGCAGCCCUGGGCUGCCACCAGCUCCAGCAGCGCCUCCCAGCUCCGGGAGCAGGGGCUGGGCAGGCUGCACCGCGCGGCCGCCUGCGGUGACCUGGGCUGGCUGAGGCGGUGGCGCUGGUACAUCAAGGUAGUCGGCAUCGACAGGCGAGACCAGGAGAUGCGGACACCUCUGCAUCUGGCUUCGGCCAAUGGCCAUGCAGAUGUCGUGAGAUAUCUGCUAAGAAAGAACAGCCAGCCCAACCUUGCUGACAGCUUCAAGAGAACGGCCCUGAUGAAGGCAGUCCAGCAGGAGCAGGAAGAAUGUGUUGCUGUUCUGCUGGAACACGGUGCCGACCCCAAUCUGGCAGACGCGGACGGCAACACUGCCCUUCACCUGGCUGUCCUCUCUAAAAAUACAGCUGUAGCAGGGCUGUUACUGGAGCAUCAUGCCAAGAAUGAUGCUCAGAACCAGUGGGGAUUUACCCCCUUGAAACUUGCAGCCUUGCAACAGCAUGAGGAGAUUGUGGAGUGCCUUGUGAGCAAAGCAGCUGACAGGCACGCUCAAGGCCAGGGGGAAAGGACUGCUCUUGUGGUUCCUGGAAGCCAUGAGGCUCACCUGGAGGAAGAUAAUCUGCGCUUCCAGGAGGAGUUGGACAGGGCUGACGCGGAGCUGCGGGAGGAGGAAGAAAAGCAUCUUCAGUCUGAGCAUCGCGUUUGUGACUUGAAGACUGCCUUGGAUGACAAGGGAAGAGAAGCAAUAACAUCUUCCCAGAAACUGCAGGACCUCCCGUUGGCAUCUUGCGAGACUAACAUGACUGUAAAACAACUGGAAGAAGAGGCGCAAGACUUUGCAAGUGAAAAGAGCAGAUUGGAAGGCACUGUCCAGCAGCCAAGCGAUGGCGUUGAAGCCCUUCCGAGAGCCCUGCAAGCCUCUGCCUCAGGUGGUGAACUUUCCCAGCAGCUGGACAUGGAGCCUAGAAGAGGCAUGCCGCUCGAGGCUCAAAAGCAGGCUUUGCAAGGAGAGCUGUCCAGUCUGCGUGGGAAGUGUGAAAACCUGGAGAAGAGCAAAUGUCAGCUGCAAGAAGAGGUGGCAGAACUCGCUCAUCAUUUGGAGACUUUGGUGCUGGAUGGCAGCCAAAGAGAAGAAUGUAGAAGAGACGUGGAGGAACGAGCUGACCAGGAAAGAAGUCAAAAGCUACAAGACGUCAGCCUCGUUUUGCAAGCACAGGCCCGAUUAGGACAAAUCAGAGACAGUCAUUGUGAUUCCGUGAGAAUCCAGUUGGAAGACAGAAUUAGAGGCCUCGAAAGUGAAUUGGACAGGGUAAAAAGAACCCAACAAGAGAGUGCUUCUCGUAAAGAAGCAACGCAGGCAGAAAUGACGAUGUACAAAGACCUGUAUCUGGAGGAAGUGAAAACCAGAAGAUGCCUAGCCAAGAAAGUGGAAAGGUUGGAAAAGCUUCUGAGGCUAGAGAGGAGGAAAGUCAGGCUUAAUGAAGAGAAAGAAAGCCAGCCCCAGCUGGAGGAAAUGAAGAAGAGUUAUUCUGAAAAGGUCAAGGAAGUUGACAGAUUACGAAGAGAGGUUGCUGAACUUUCCCAGCAGCUGGACAGGGAAUGUCAAAAGUGCACGCAGCUGGAAGCCAAAAAUCAAGAUUUGCAAGACGAACUGUCUACCCUGCGUGGGAAGUGCGAGAACCUGGAGAUGGACAAAUGCCAGCUGCAAGAAGAGCUGGCAAAACUCCGGCAUCAUUUGGAGACUGACUUGGUGGAUCGCAGCCAACUCGAACAAUGGAAAAAAGAGGUGGAAGAGCAAGCCGACCGGGAACUCAGACAAAAACUCCAGGAAGUCAAUGAGUUUUUGCAAGCACAGGCAGCCCACCAGGACACAUUAGAAAAAAUCCGAAGCAGUCAUCUGGACUCCCUGAAAAACCAGUUAGAAGAGAGAAUUAGAGAUCUUGACCGUGCACUGGGAAGGAUAAGAAGCAACCAAGCAGAAAGACCUUUUCAAAAAGAAUCCACCCAGGCAGAAGUGGAAAAGUAUAAAGAACUGUAUGUGGUGGAAGCAAAAAGCAGAAAAAGCCUAGCCAAGAGACUGGAAAGAGCUAAUGAGAGACUUGCAGAGGCCAACACCAAGCUCUUUUUGGAGCGCCACAGAAGCAGAUCUGCAGUCCCAAGCAGCGCCGUCAUCGGACACCUGGCUGCAAAUCCACUUCUGGAUUCAGCUGGCCUGGGACGUCUUGGCACCGCAAUGCUGCAAGCUCUGCAAUACCGCUGGUCCGAGUAUGCCCUGUAG